CUACCGGGAGAGAGAGAGAGGGAACAGGGUAGAGCGUCUGAGCGCAGACACGCACAGUUGUGGGAGGACAGCGGAGAGGCACCACGUUUCGUUCUGCCUACCAGCUUUACGCACGCAGAUCGAGCUGCUCGGAGAUCCUGCGUUGUCUUUUGCGCAUGAACGGACCAUUACCGGGAAACUAGAUCCUUACCAAGAAAAUGCGCCUGAAGAUAUUUGCAUAAAACAUUUGGAAAUAUUUUUAAUCCAAGGAGGAAAGACGCGUGUUACUUUUUCCCGUUUCCGUCGCAGUUAGCGCUCUCUGAUGAUCUUUUUGGUUUCUAGUUCAUUUGAAACGCACAAUUUUCUUUAUUUACUCUGCUGAUCUGUUUCCCUGCGCUGCCGACUGUGCACACAGCAAUGGAUUUUAAACUGUGUUUAGAGUUCAAAUUGCGUUUCUAGACAAGUUGCUCUGGUUGAGGAGAAGUGGCUCGCAUGAACUGUUUAUUUUCUCCGGCGUGUUAUUCUUAGAGAGUCGGGUGAACGCUGUCCGGCUUUUGGAUUUUGGACACAACCGCGUUGCACGUUAGAAAAACAGAUAACUGUGGAAACGGACAGGGAAGUGCGACCUGGAGCCGUGUGUCAGAUAAAGCAAAUAAAACCACACAGGAGGAGAAGACGUGUUUUAUUCUGAGGGGGAAAGAUGGAUUUAUUCGUUUGGCUCUGUGGAUGUAUUUUGGCUCUUCUGUUACCUUCAGCGGUAAAAGCCGGGGAAGGAGCAUCUGAACCAUGCGGCGGCUAUUUAGAUGCAAGCGAUGCGGGCUACAUCACCACCCCCGGCUACCCUCUGGAGUAUCCACCUCACCAGAACUGCCGCUGGGUCAUCACGGCCCCUGAGCAGUCGCAGCGCAUCGUCCUGAACUUUAACCCGCACUUUGAAAUAGAGAAACUGGACUGCAGGUAUGACUAUGUAGAGAUCCACGACGGGAACUCAGAGUCAGCUGACCUACUGGGGAAGCACUGCAGCAACAUCGCCCCCCCACCGAUCAUAUCCUCAGGGCCUGCGCUCCACAUCAAGUUUGUGUCAGACUACGCCCACCAGGGGGCGGGGUUCUCGCUCCGCUAUGAAAUCUUCAAAACUGGUUCAGACUGUUCCCGCAACUUUACCAGUCCCUCGGGUCUCGUCGAGUCCCCGGGAUUUCCCGACAAAUACCCCCACAACCUCGAGUGCGCCUUCAUCAUCAUUGUCCCACCCAGAAUGGAUGUCACCCUCACCUUCCUCACCUUUGACCUGGAGAACGAUCCCCUGCCAGGUGGAGAUGGAGACUGCAAGUACGACUGGCUGGAAGUUUGGGACGGGCUCCCGGGAGUGGGCCCUCUGAUCGGUCGAUACUGUGGGACCAGGGUGCCUCCCGAGAUCCAGUCAUCCACUGGGAUCCUCUCUCUGUCCUUCCACACGGACAUGGCCGUGGCUAAAGACGGCUUCUCGGCUCGCUAUAACAUGACGCACAAGGAAGUCAGCGAGACCUUCCACUGCAGUAACGCGUUUGGCAUGGAGUCAGGAAAGAUCACCGACGACCAGAUCACGGCAUCGUCGACCUUCGCCGACGAACGCUGGCUGCCGCGACAGGCCCGACUCAAUUACAACGAUAACGCGUGGACGCCCUCGGACGACAGCAACAAGGAGUACAUACAGGUGGACCUCCAUACUCUGAAGGUGCUUACCGGCAUUGCCACACAGGGCGCCAUUUCAAAGGAAACACAGAAGAAUUACUUUGUUACCUCCUUCAAGCUAGAGGUCAGCACAAACGGAGAAGACUGGAUGGUCUACAGACACGGCAAAAACCAUAAGGUUUUCCAUGCCAACGCUGACGCCACGGAGGUGGUCCUCAAUCGAAUCCCACAGCCGGUCCUGGCCCGCUUCGUGCGGAUUAAACCUCAGACAUGGAAGAACGGCAUUGCGCUGCGGUUCGAGCUCUACGGCUGUCAGAUCACGGAUGCCCCCUGCUCAGAGCUGCAGGGCAUGUUGUCUGGUUUGCUUCCUGACUCGCAAAUCACUGCGUCCUCCAUGAGGGACAUCCACGGCUCCAUGGGGGCCGCCAGGCUGGUGGCCAGUCGAUCAGGCUGGUUUCCCAACCCAACGCAACCCAUAGUUGGAGAAGAGUGGCUGCAGGUGGACCUCGGUGUGCCCAAGAUGGUGCGUGGCAUUAUUACUCAAGGUGCACGAGGCCUGGAGGGCAGUGCGGAGAACAGAGCGUUUGUCAGGAAGUACAAACUGGCUCACAGCUCGAAUGGCAAAGACUGGACCUACAUCACUGACAGCAAGACUGGGUUUGCUAAGAUUUUUGAGGGCAACGGCCACUACGAUACUCCCGAGGUGCGGAGGUUUGACGAGAUAGUGACUCAGCACAUCCGAGUCUUUCCAGAGAGAUGGUCGCCCGCCGGGAUCGGCAUGAGGAUGGAGGUUCUCGGCUGUGACCUGCCCGAAACCACCACUGUACCUGACACUGUGACCCCCACCACACCCAGAGUGGAACAGACAACCUCUGUGAUGAGAUCUGCCACCACUCCGCCCCUGUCGGCCGUGUGUGGCUUUGAGCAGAGCCUGUGCGGGUGGUCGGCUGAUCCCCAGUCAGGUGUGAGCUGGACCCUGCACACAGCCAGCAGCAGCUCCACUGGGCAUGGCACUCAUGGAACAAGGCAGGACCUGGCACUGGGAUCAGAAAAUUUUUCAGGGAACUACCUUCACCUCGAUGCUGGAAGCCACACCCUGCGCAAGAAAGCCCGGCUGCUGAGUCCCGAAGUGGGGCCAGAGCAAGGCCCGCUCUGCCUCCAGUUCUACUACCAGCUCCAGGGAGAGGCACAGGGCAGCCUGAGGGUCCUGCUGAGGGACAGCGACCAGGGAGAGACCCUGUUAUGGGCAUUAAAAGGUGACCAGGGCAGUCACUGGAAAGAGGGGCGCACCAUCCUUCCUCGAAGCCCCAGAGAAUAUCAGGUGGUGUUUGAGGGGUUUUUUGAACACCCGACAAGAGGACAUAUCAGAAUAGACAACAUCCACAUGAGCAGCAGCGCUGACCUGGAGCAGUGUGCACAGCCUUUGCAUGCUUUACUUCCUGGCCUGAAAAGGGGUGCCAUAUCUGGAAUGGAGCCCACAGUAGACACAGUGGUGGUGCAGCCAGUCCCUGCCUUCUGGUACUAUGUGUUGGCGGGAGGCGGUGCCCUCUUGGUGCUGGUCAGUAUAACUGUGCUGGUGAUACUGUGCUGCCACCGGUACCACUGGGCGACCAAGAAGACCAGCAGUAGUCAUCAUCAUUCGGUGACGUACCGCAACAACCAACUGCCAUAUCAGCAAGGUCGCCAAAACUGGUACCAGAGCCAAAACCCAGGCUGUAAUCUGAUCCAUAGCCCUAACCAAAACAACCUGAACCCAAGCACCGGGCCGAGUCUGGAACCCAUGCUCACCAUAUCACUGGAGAAAGAGGACAGCUACGAUUCCCAGUGUUGAAAAGGCCCAUCUGAUUUAAUAGUAUGUUUUUCAAAUGAAGCGAUCAAGGGGUGUGAAAAGAAGCCGUAUUCAGCAUAAUCACCGCUCUUCACUGAUGAGGAUCUGCACAGAGGCACUCCAGUGCACGUUGCUGAUGACUGAUCUAAUUAACUGAUCGGCGUACACUAAACUGGUAGAAAGAAGUCCUGACAUUAAACUGUACCCCUGAAGAGCAGAUGACAGAGCUUCGGUUGUAUUUCUGAUGGCUGAAGAGGGCCUGAUAACGACACUGUAGGGCAAUUUUUUUGAUGUCGAGCGUAUACUGGCUUCUAUACCUGAACCCUGAAAGCGAGCUGGAUUAUGACCACAGUAAAUCACAGUAAAGGUAGUAUGAAUAACAGGCUGUGGAUGACACACACUGCAUUUACAUGCAGCGUACAAUGUCAGGGUUGUAACAGCAUAUCCCCCACCUUCAGUAAAUGUCAGAGCAGGAUCUGUCUGUCUGCCCCGCUCUGAUCUGCAGCUUGGACAUUGCCUGUCUCCAGAUACCCGUCAGACAGAGGAAGGAUUUACACACAGGUAGAAAAGACACGCUGUGUUUGUGUGCAGCAUUAAGAGUGAUGGCUGCUUCUCCGGGACUGAAUGAAGCCCAAUUUUAUUUGCCCACGUGUGUUUGCGAGACUGAGAUAGUGACAGAGACAGAUUAAUAACAAAAAAAACAGGAAGAAUUAGUGUUGGCCGUCCAGCUGUGACAGAUAGACAGCUGCACAUCCACCCUGCAGCUCUGAGACGGCUUACGUCGCAUCACAUCAGCUGAAACACGCGCACCAAUAUAUGCAUGGACACUUCUGAGAUUUUCAAGUCUCACAUGUUACUUUGAGUGUGUUUUUCAUUACAUUCUGGAUAUGCCUUUUUAAAAAAUGUGCUUUAAACCUAUAACCUCCGAUAUGAGGUAGUGCCUCUGUGUCCAGUGAGAGUCUGAAUGGAUGCAGUUUUACUCUACAGUUUGUUGCCUGGAUCUCAUGGAUAAUCUGAUGCCUGUGUCUGUCAAUGUUCAAACUAAACACCCGUGUAUGUCUUGCACACAUUAGGUUGGGUGAAUGAAACAAAAAGAAAAGAAGUACUAUCGUGCAUCAUUUGAAUGUGGAAUAUUGUUUUUCUUAAAUCUCUGCAAAUACAACAAUCUACAAACAGUCUUUAUUUUCUGCACAUAAUUACCAAUGCUUUUUUUGUUUCUAACACAUCCAACACUGGUAUCCAGUCCAAUAAAUGAGACCAAACUUGCUUUGAUAAAGAGCAUUUUACAAACUGAAGCCUUUUGGAAAAUCAUUUAUCUGCUUAAAGACUGCAGACUGAUUCUAUUGCAGCAACAAUGUAACUUUUUAUUUAUGCAUUUUCUGUUAGGGGUGUAACGAUUCUCCAGCUCCACGGUACAGUUCAUGUUUCUUUUGAAUUAACGAAACAUGAACUCUCCUGUAGGUAACAGCUGCUUUUAACCAGGUAUUAUCAGCUCCACGUAAGCAAUACAAAGUCAUGUCUAAUUAGCACAUCAUUACAGGACGCAAGUUACCAAAUCUAUCUGUCAGCUGCUAAUAUUCAUCGCAUAUUUGCAAACGCAUGCUGUUUAUAUGAACACAAAAAUGCUCCAGUAAACAGACGCUCAUUUAAACUGGAUUUUACAGCAAAGCUUGGCUAGUGUACCAGACGUGACCCUGCAGUCAGCAGCAAUGAUGAGGAGAUCCCUGUGUCUGUCUGCCAUGGCUGUCACGUAUGGUCUGUCUGUAUUUAGUCUUGCACUGAGUUGAUGCACUUAACUUUUACAUCAUCUCCAUAUCGUAUCAAUAACAAGAUGAGAGCGCAGCGGCGGUGAGGUCUAACGAACGAGGCCGUGGAUGUAUCGCAAAUUUAGUGUCUGCUUCUGAACUGUUACACCCCUAAUCGGCAUCUGUCACUCACUGCAAUGAUGGCCUGUGUAGUGGAUAGAAAAAGUCGACACACCUGUUAAAAUUUCAGGUUUUAUUGAGACCGAGAUAAAUAAUUUCCAACAUUUUCCAUCUUUAAUGUGACCGACAGUUUAUCCUGUACAGUUCACAUGAAAAACAAACUAAAAUCUUUAAAAGGAGGGAAAGCUCACAUUUAAAGUAAGCUGGUUGCAUUACACAGCAUUUAGUCCUUUGGGGGUAGUACUCUGUCAGCAUGGCACAUUGUAAAUUAACAUUAUUGACCCUCUCCAAAUCGGUCAGGUUGUGAGGGUAUCGCCUGUGCACAGACCUCCUCAGGUCACCCCACAGGUUUUCUUUUGGGUUCAACUUUUCUGGUGAUGAUAUUUUUGAUGACUUGGUGAAAUUCAUAUCGAUCUAGAACUUUCUAGCAGACACCUGAAGGUUUUGCACCAACGUUGGUUGGUAUUAUUCCCUGCACCCUGACUACUAUUUAUUUAAGUUCCCCAGUGCCAGCUGAAGAAAAACAGCUCCAAACCAUGAUGCUGCCAUCACCGUGCUUCACAGUGGGUCUGGUGGUGUUUUGGUGAUGGGCACUUUCUGGACUGUGGCUACAGAGUUCAGACCGUAGAACAUUUUCCCACACGCUUAUGGAAGAAGUGAAGGAUGCAGAGAUUGUUGUCACAUGCAGUUAACGUCGCGGUCAGCCUCUUGGCAAUCUCCCUGACCACUUUUGGAGGGGUACCCAGUUCCGAUGUCUCUUUUAGACAGUAACAAAGUGUUAACUAAGCAAAUGUCAGAAAAGUCAUGUUAGACCAGCUGAACUUUAUUUGAUUGCAGUCAGAAUCUCUUUAACCGAUGGCAGGUGUGUACUGACUACUCUUUGGCAUGAUUUUGAAUGUCAUUGGUUAAUUUUCUAUGCAAACCAGUUAUAAAAGGACGUGUAACCACAUUAUUUCAUUAUUUAUUUAUUUAUUUAUUCCCUCCGAAAGGUUAACAGUUUGUUUUUAAAUUGAACUAUACAAGUUACAAGUCAUAUUAAAGAAAGCUCUCACCCCCAACCGGUCACGGCAGAUGGCCCUGCCCCUCCCCGAGCCUGCCGGAGGUAACUUCCUGUUAAAAGGGAGUUUUUCCUUCCCACUGUCGCCAGGUGCUUGGUUAUAGGGGGUGUCUGAUUGUUGGGGUUUUCUCUGUAUUAUUGUAGGUCUUUAUUUUUGACUAUAAAGACCUCGAUGUGACUAUUGUUUGAAUAUAAACAACAUUGAAAUGAAUUGAAUGUUUUAUCUUGGU